AUGACUCAGUGUUGCCGGUGUAACGGAAAUGGGACAUGUAGAUCGUGUAUUUGUGCUAGGAACAACCGCGUUUGCACAAAUUGUAAGCCAGGGAAAGAUAAACGAUGUGAAAAUCAAAAUCAAAUAGGAAAUUUGCCAAGCUUACUUCAAGAUGGAUCGACAUCGCACGUUAAUCAACACCAAGAACCCGAGAGCGAUGAAAAUGAAGUAAUAAUUUCAGAACACACACCAGAUUAUAUCCCAAUGCAAUCUCCAGUGUUUCGAUGGGGUGAAGUCGAAGGCGAAGCAUUUGCUCAAGCUAUCCAAGAAAGCUAUAAAGAAGUGGUUCAUUGGAGACGAAACUUGUUUAAAACUCCAUCCGGCCAGGCUGGUAAAUCCUUUGUGCGCGAGCUUACUCGAAUGUUUCAAGCUUAUGCUGAUAUAUCGUCACUUGAGAGUGUGGCUUUAACAGCCACAAUGGUUAUGCCUGCUCUUUUACUCCAGAAACCACAUCCCAAAUCUAAGGCAAAAGAGCAUACUUUGUAUCUAAAUCGUAGACUUAAGCAAUGGAUGAAUGGGGAUAUCAAUGGUCUGCUAGAUGAGGGUCGUGCUAUCCAAAAACGCUUAGUCAGACAAUCUAAGCAGCGGUCAUCUGAUGAUACUGCGCGAGUUUUCGCAAAGUUGAUGAUGCAGGGUAAAGUAAGAGCAGCACUUCGGAUAAUAUCGGAAGACGAUAGAGGAUGUCUGACGUUAGAUAGCUGUGUUGCCCCUGACAAUCCCAAGACCGUCAGACAAGUCCUGUUAGAGAAGCAUCCACCUAAUAUACCACCUGUUCAAUCGGCGAUACUAAAUGGGGAUUGCAACAUGGAACCACACCCAGUUAUUUUUGAUAGGAUUGAUGGAGAGUUGAUACAGAAUACGGCCAUUAAAACAGAAGGAGCCGCAGGACCAUCUGGUCUUGAUGCAAUGGCCUGGCGACGACUCUGUACAUCUUUUAAAUCAUGUUCAGUUGGUCUAUGUGAUGCUUUAGCUGCAGUUGCUAGAAGAAUCUGCACUUCUCUUGUUGAUCCAUCAAGUUUAACAUCAUUUGUUGGUAGUCGCUUGAUUGCGCUUGAUAAAUGCCCUGGAGUACGUCCGGUCGGUAUUGGUGAGGUGGCUCGGCGUAUUAUUGGUAAAGCGAUUGUCAGAGUGAUUGGCAACGAGAUUCAAGAAGCUACAGGUCCACUACAGACAUGUGCUGGACAUUUAUCCGGUUGUGAGGCAGCUGUUCACGCUAUGCAUCAAGUGUUUGAAGAUAAGGAUGCGGAUGGUGUUAUUCUUGUUGAUGCUACCAAUGCUUUUAACUGCUUAAACCGUCAAACUGCCUUAAUUAAUAUCAAGCAUCUUUGCCCAGCACUAUCGAAG